GGCGGAGCUGCGGGAAGUGGGGCGGCAGUUGCCCGCGCCGUGUGAUCGGCGGGCUGGGAGCAGAGGGCCCCCCUGGGGGUAUCGCCCGGAUCCCCUGAUCGCCGGUGCUCUGUCUCCCGCCUCUCCCCGCCUCGCUGCUUGGGGGCGGAGCGGCACAGCUCGGCCAUUUCUUGGCGCCGCGAGGCAUGAAGCUCACCAAAGCCCAGUACGAUGAAAUAGCCCAGUUCCUGGGGCACGUGCAGCCCACCCGGCAGAGCCUGAGGAAGCUGAAGGAGAAGUUCCCUAGUCAAUCGCAGUCCACUCUGCUGAGCAUCUUCUCCCAGGAGUACCAGAAACAAAUAAAAAGAACACAUGCCAAGCAUCAUACUGCAGAAGCAGUUGAAACUUACUACCAAAGGUACCUGAACAGGGUGAUGAAAAAUGCAGCUGCCCCUGUUUUACUGGAGCUGGCCAAUGAGAUGGACUUUGCCCCAUCUCUGAUGGCUCGUAUUGUGUUGGAAAGAUUUCUACAAGAGCAGGAACAAUCCACUCCAUCCAAAACUCUUAUAAAUAGUAUGCUACGGGAUCCUUCUCAGAUUCCAGAUGGAGUUCUAGCAAAUCAAGUCUAUCAGUGUACUGUGAAUGACUGUUGUUAUGGACCACUGGUGGACUGCAUCAAACAUGCUAUUGGGCAUGAACAUGAAGUCUUGCUGCGAGAAAUGCUUUUGGAAAAAAAUCUCUCUUUUAUAGCUGAAGAUCAGCUUCGUGCAAAGGGUUAUGACAAAACACCAGACUUUAUUUUAGAAGUGCCAAUAGCUGUUGAAGGACACGUAAUUCACUGGAUUGAAAGCAAAGCCUCAUUUGGUGAUGAAAGUAGCCACCAAGCCUACUUGCAGGACCAGUUUUGGAGCUACUGGAAUAGGUCCUUUGGAGAGGAGUGUUCUGAUCAAACUCAUUUGUGCUUGACUAGAGGGAUGAACCAUGUGCGAGCAAAGACUGAAUCAGAACGUCAAAAUGAUGCACGUUUUUUUUUCUGCAACGUCUUUUAAAAUUGCUUGACAUAUGUUACCAUGAAGACUGUUUGAGUAAUAAUUGACUGAUUGUAGAUGGUAGGGAAAGUGGGAAUUAUGCUGUGGGUUUAUGGAUGUCUGUUCUAUAACAGGAUCUAUAUUCACCAAUUGAAAAUUGUUUAAAAAGUUGUACUGGUGAGUUGAAAACCAGUGGUAUAACGACUUGACUUGGAGGAAACCUUGGGAGUUGCAUUUGUCAAGUGGCUAGGAAAACUGUUCAUGCAUACCCAGUAUCCAAAGCUUCAUUGGCAGCCCAAACAUAAAGAACUGAAAGGUCAUUCUUCUUCUUGCAGUAUGAUGGUUUGUUGACAUAUUUUGACACACUGGUACAAUGCUGAAAGGUUUUGACCUUACUGCAACACUGAGGGAGUUAGGUUUUGUUUAGCUAUUUAAUGCUUGUAGAUUUUCACACAUGCUGGGUUUUGCUCUGUUUCUUCUCCUCUCCUUUUUGACUCUACUUGUAUUAGUAAAUUAAUCUUAAACAAAAAUAGAUGUAGAAAGAAGAGGGAAUUUAUGAUGAUUUUUACAGCUUAUGACUGUGUAAAGAUGUUUCUUUAAAAUAAUUUACUUUUUUUAGAAUCUACCAUGCCAGCUUGCUCACCUUAAUAGCAGAAAGUAAGAAUGUUUGUUUCUAGACAACAAAAACAAGAAUCAAAAGCAGUGAUGCUUUCUACUAGAUUACCAUUUUCAAUAUUUUAAUUUGUAAAUAUGAUAAAAUUAUGUGUUCUUUAUGUACACAUACACAGGCAUACCUCUGCAUUUCACAAAUGUUUUGCAUAUUUUUAGCUUAAUUCUGGAAGUAUUUGACAUGAAUUGUUUUAUUUAUUUAAUGAUAUGAAAAGCUUAAAAAUCAAAAUGCAGUUUAUGCAAUUUUUUUUUAGUUUAGCACAGAAGAAAUAUGUUUAAAUUUUAUUAGUCAUCCCUUCUUUAAUAAGGUGAUUAAAUAACAGAGCAUGAAGACAUUUUCCAUCAAGACCACACCUCAUGACUAGCAUUGCUAUAAUGCUAAUUGUUUUGCUGAUCAUUUUGUUUCAUUUUGUAUCAUAACUCAUUUUCUUAAAAUAAAGAACAAACAGACCAUGCUGUGUACAGAUUUCUGUUUAUAUUUGAAUGAUUGAUGUUAGUUAAAUAUAGAUUUUAAUGUUUUAUUGUAUUUAAAGAUUGUAUUUAAUCUGAAUACCAAAAUGAGAUUUUCAUUAAAACUUCUAACACUAACAAUUGUUACAUGCUCAACUUAAAGAGUAGUAAAUGAGGCACUAUACAGCUUUAUUUAAACUAUUUUUCCCUUUCAUUUUUCUGGACUGCCUUAAAUAUUAUCACGUCGCAAGAGACUCAUGCAGUGCAGAGAGAGUAUUUUCAGCUUCCUUCCACAUUACUGCAAGGCUUCAACUCCAAUUUUCGUGGAAUUUCUCAUUCAGAUUAGACAAGCAUCUAAGUUUCUGUACAAUAAGAGCUGACAGCAUAGAUCCUGCUAUGUUUGCCAAAGGCCUGGUUGCAGACACUCCACUAUGUCAAAGAAUGUCAACCCCCCACGGACCUUACCUUUCAGAAUUCCUUGUAAUUUUUAAUUGACAUUUACGUCUGACAUUUUCAAUGUAUUUCUUAGUGUUGAAUCUUUAUCUACCUAGUAAUAGUUAAAACCAAAGCAAAGCAAAAAGAAUCCCUUCCUAUAAACUAUGAUAUCAUAUAUUUUUUAUUUAACAAGGCCAAGUUGCUGAGCUGAAACUCAAGAAUGAACAGGUCCCCCUUGCCUCAUGUAACUUGGUAACUCUAUAUUUGCUAGUCUAAUCUAUUUCAAAUGACAACUGAGGAGGGAAGUAGGAGUGUAAAGAGAAAUUUAACUCCUAGUACUAACAAACAAAGCACAAGUUUAUUAUUAUUACUUUACAUAUUGCGCAGAAAGGAUAUGGGGAUUUCUAGUAAAAUUUUAAUUUUUCCUUUUGAGUCUGGUACUUGAGUACUGAAAGUGAUAUCUUCCUACCUAUGUUCAUGCCACGUGUACAUGCAAACAGCAUAAUACUGAAAAUGAAAUUAAGCUGGCAGGCAUGUAAUUCAGCUGCAUGUUGCAAAAUCUUUUGUGCUUUAUUCCUUUCAGAAAUCUCAAGUUUUCACUUGGUUUAAAAUAAUAGAAACCUAAUAAAUUAGUGUGAGUAUAAUUAUCUAUCUCUAAGAAGUUAGAAUGAAGAACUGUAGUUGAUCAUAAAUGUCACAAAGCAAAGAAAUAGAAGAAGCAUUUUGUCACAAAUGAUGCUGCUUUCCUUCUAAUUAGUUAAUUUACAUUUUACAAAUUAAUGGCAAGAUUCAGGCAGAAGAUAAUCUAGUAGCAUAUCAUAGCUUUACUGACCUGUAUUUGUAUAUGCCAAAUUUAAGUUAAUUAGAAAUGUAGAUGCUGUUUGUUUUAUCUGUCAAAAAGCUCAUCUUAAAAAAAAAAUUCUAGACACAAUUUUUUCCCCAACAUUUAUCAUCUAAAUAAUAGUCUUGCCAAGAUGGCAGCCUCAUAAUAAACUCUUUUCAGAGAAGUGAUGAGUAAUGAAGCUUGCUUGUGAAAGCAGCGAAAAAUGUUGUCUAGCCAAAUGUGUGAAUAUGAUGGCUAGAGAAUCAGUGGACUUUCUUAGUCAUCAAUCUUUUUAGUAGCCUCUUAUACAUCUGAAUAUUUUGAUAGAUGAUCUAAUAAUUGAGUUAUCUAUCUUUCUAACUAUCAGAGUUGCAUAAAAAUUAUUCUCACAUGCUAUUGAAUAUUAAAUAUAUUGGGUAUCCAGUAAAUUUUUCAGAAAAGGUCCAAGAGGUGGAGGAAUUUAGUUAUGUCUUAAGCACAAUUUAUUGUAUUGAAUGAUAAACUAUCUUGUUAUAAAACUAUUUGUACUAACAUGGGAAAAAAGUAAACAUUGUCAAUAGCCAACUAGGGGUAGGACUUACAGUAAAUAACAAUGUAAAAACAGGGGACUGGUGAGAUUAGUACACAAUCUAAGAGAAAUUUGUUGUAUAAAAUGAGUAGGUUCAAUAGUCCCCAGCUGGUUGAUGGGCAGCACUCACAUUUACAUGGUUGCACAAAUUCCUUAU